GCAGCUGUUGGGGGACCCGUCUGAGUUCCGGCCCGAGCGGUUCCUCACCGCCAAAGGCACCGCCAUCAACAAGCCCUUGAGUGAGAAGAUGCUGCUGUUCGGCCUGGGCAAGCGCCGGUGCAUCGGGGAGGUCCUGGGCAAGUGGGAGGUCUUCCUCUUCCUGGCCAUCCUGCUACAGCAGCUGGAGCUCAGCGUGCCGCCGGGCGUGCAGGUCGACCUGACCCCCAUCUACGGGCUGACCAUGAAGCACGCCCGCUGCGGACACGUGCAAGCGCGGCUGCGCUUCUCCUUCCAGUGAGGAAGACACCGCCAUGCGGAGGCCGGGGGACUCAGCCCUCGUUUCUCUUCAUUUUUUUUAG